AUGGCCUCGCAGAUCGACUACGUGGCACCCGAGAUUUGCGCGCCAGUCGACCCCAUGGACGAGGCCGAGCUGCAGGCGCAGCACGACGAAGCCUGCGACGAGGUUGCUGAGCUGGCGGGGGAGCUGAGGGCUGUGCAGCUGGAGGCGCAGCAACUGCGUCAACGGCUGCAGGCGGCCGCCAGGUCCCAUGGUGGCGUCCCCGCGCCGACGGCGCUGCCGGCCGCUGGGUCGGCACCUGCGGCAGAGGAGGAGCGGCAGGCCUCCGAUCUGCGGCGGCUGAUCGAGUGGCUCGCGCGCCACGCCGACCUGGCCCGCCCGGAGCUGCUGGACGUGGGGUUCGAGGUGCCCAUCGGCGGUCGCACGGUGCAUCUGCAGCGAGUGGUACAGUGGCCGCUCACCACCGCGCCCAGCGGCGGGAGGCUGCGGCUGACUGCCCCAGCGGAGCUGCAGGAUCGCCUCGGGUCGCUGCUCGCUGCGGCGAGGACUGAGGGCCAUGCGCAGGCUUCGGAACUGAAGGCGAUGGCGGCCGCCUGGGACCUCGUCAGCGGGGAGCUGGCCCCGGCCGGGCGAGCUGUUCCGGAGCCAUCGGUGCUGCUGGCCGAGCGCGGCUCAGACCGGGGGAUCUUGGUAGCCACCUGGCCGACGAGCGAGGCCCUCCUUGCGCUCCCGGCGAAGAGCUCCACGGCGAUCCCCCGCCUCGGGCCCUCCCGAGGCCCCUGCACGCCGGACGCGCCGCUGCCGCUGGCCGCUGCGUCGCCUCCGCAGCACGGCGGCGAGUGGGGCGCGCCUCUCCCGGGCGACCGCGUGGAGGUGGAGUACGAGGGACGCUGGUACGCCGGCGUCCUCCACGCCGUGGGCGGGGAGGGGAAGGCUAGCGUGCGGUGCGACGUGGACGCCCCGGGAGUGCUGACGGUGGCUCCGAUCUAUCGAGUCCGCCAGCUGGGUGCCGAUGCCGCCGCGGCGGCCUCCGCUGCGGGCGCCGCCGCUGCCGGACGGGCGGCGGCGGCGGGCCUUGCCUCCUCGGCGGCUGCGGCGGUGGGCCACCGCCCUGCCGCCGCCGCGCCCGUCGGCCUGCCGUGCGGGCGCGAUCGCCGGGCCGCGGAGGCCACCGCCGAGCCCGUGGGUGGCCAGGCCACCGCCGCGACGGCUGCGGCCGGCGCGGCCGGCGGAGCAGCAGCUGCUGCCCCAGCUGACGGCCGUGUCGGGUGUAGCGUUGGCGCUGGCUCCGGUGGGCACGAGGGCCGCCGCACUCCGGGCCUUCGACGGACACGGUCCUCUGCUCUGUGA